AUGGCGGGUUAUUCAAACAGAUCUCCUUCUCCACUUUCCACCAGGCCCAUCAAUCCAAAUCCCAAAAUUUCUGAAGUUAAUUCUGGACCCAGAAGGAGUUUCACUGGAAAUUCUCGCCCCUCGGUUCACACGAAUCCGAGAAAUUUUUACCCCAGUACCCCUGCCAAUAGCCCUUCAGAUUUUGCAAGAAGACGAUCGGUGGGGAAAGAAGGCAUAUUUGCUUCGAAAGAUCAUGAUGAAAAAGAGAAUGAUGAAAAAGCUCACAACUUAAAAGCAGCAAAGAUCCGGGAGGUGGGUUCGGGUUCCAAGAAUUUCAUGUCUCCAACGAUUUCUGCAGCAUCCAAGUUCACCCCAUCACCAAGAAAGAAAGCAUUGGUGGAGAGAAAUGACCCGGUUCGGACUUCAAUGUCGCUGUCCGAUGGAAAAGCUUUGUUUUUCUCUGCGGAUUUUGAAGAUACCGAGCCAAAAUUUGAUAUGGAUUCAAAUCUGAACAAGAUCUCGGAGAGUUCUCUCUACCCGAAAGUAUCUGAUGAAGUAUCUGAUAAGGCAGAGAGAAAGUCUGUUCUCGAAGGUCCUCCAGCUUCUAAGCCGUUGAAGAAAGUGACAUUCUUAGAGGUACCUUCAGAUUCUAAGAAUACAUUUGAUUCGAUGUCGGAUUCAGUAAUUAUAGAUUCUGAUUGUUUUAAUGAGAACAAGACUUCUUGUUCAUAUGAAUCCCCUGUUAUAGCCCCACUUGAUGCUGACCCUUCCAUGCCUCCUUACGACCCUAAAACCAAUUACCUUUCUCCAAGGCCUCAGUUUCUUCAUUAUAAACCAAAUCCUCGAAUCGAAAUUCUUUUGAACAAGCGAAAGGGGAUCGAUUCUGAUGAAUUCAACAAGUUAGAAGAUAGUUUUAUGACAGAAAUUAUGUCCGGAAACAGUUCAGACUCUGAUGGCACAGAAGAGUCUACGCAGCAAGAAGAAUCAGAGGAUACUUCUUCAAUCGAAAUGGUGUUGGAAUUAGAUGAAAAAGAAGAAGAUAUGGUGCUGGGAGUAGAUGAAAAAGAAGAAGAGACUCGUGUUUCUGAUUCAUUACCCAUCAGUGCAACUGUUCCUGGUGUAAUUCCUGAUGGCACAGAAGAGUCUACGCAGUCUACGCAGAAAGAAGAAUCAGAGGAUACUUCUUCAAUCGAAAUGGUGUUGGGAUUGGAUGAAAAAGAAGAAGAUAUGGUGCUGGGAGUAGAUGAAAAAGAAGAGACUCGUGUUUCUGAUUCAUUACCCAUCAGUGCAACUGUUCCUGAUGUAAUUUCUGAGGGGAAUUUUGAGGCGAAAAGGGAUAAGAGACCAUCAUGGGUUUUCCCUAGAUUGAAUUGGGUUUCUUUGCUUUUGAUAUUCUUGAUUGCAUGUGUAUCAGUAUCGGUUACUGAUUUGCCAGUCACUUGUACGUCUAGGCUUAAAGAUUUGAGCCUAACUAAUCUUUUUUAUGAAUCAAGUGCUGCUGCUUUUACGAAAACAAAUUUGGAUAGAUUUGUCAGAUAUGUAAAUCCGUAUUCAGUUAAUUCUAUUUCCUAUAUCUCUAAGCUGAUUACUGUUUUUGGUAGAGAAGAUAAACUGGGAACUUUGCAGUUCUUGAACUUGACUGAUUUACAGAAGGAGAUAAUGAUUGAUGAACACUUUAUGAAUAAGCAGUUCAGCAAAGAAUUCGAUGAAAAUGAGAUGGAAGAGGAUGUAGACACUGAAUUUCAGGAAUUUGAAGAGGAAGUUUCUGCAGAGGUUGAUUCUGAUGAGAUCAUUGACCAGGAAAUGGAAGAGGUACCAAAUGUAUUAGAAGAAAAUGAAAUGGAAGAGGAUUUAGACACUGAACCGUGGGAAUUUGAGGAUGAAGUUUCUGCAGAGAUUGAUUCUGAUGAGAUCAUUGAUAAGGAAGUCGAAGAAGUAUCCCCAGCUACUCCAGCACAGCAUGCAGAAUCAACGCCUCGCAAUCAAGAAAACUUAAAGAAUGAACGAGAGAUUGUCUCUUAUAUCAAUGCUGAGCAGCAGAGUGACACAAUCUUCGAAGAUCUAUUGGCUAUUGAUUUGUCGGAUCUUGAAAUUCAAAGUGAAGCCAAUAUUGUUAAGCCUGAAGUAAUUGCAACUAAGAAAAUCAAAGGUGGCAAUGGUCCUGAUUCAAGUACACAGGCUGAUCUUACGUUGUUGGAUCAUGAAACCUUAUCUAAAAUUGAUUCCCUGGGUAAAGGUGUCGAGGGUACACCAGUGGUGGAGUCAACACUUAGUCGAGUAGAUGGUAAAUUUGCUGUUGAGGGAGUUUCUUACCUAGUUGUUGCAUUAUUGACAGCUGCAGCUUUCAUCCAUAGGAAUCGAAGAACUUCUAAGUCAUCAAAUGCUGUCCCUUAUACGGAUCCAUUGUUGAGGAAGAAGACAAUCUCUGGAUUAGCUGUUGAUGCAGAACCUUCCUUUCAGAAUUGGACAACAGAGGAUGUGAUUGGAGAGUCGUUGUGUCCUUCAGAAAUGAGCAGUUUCGAGAAGAACUCGUUGGCUCACAGCGUAAAAGGAGUAUCAAAUGAAGCUCAAAGCCAUGACCGGAACACAAGGAAAUAUUUGAAAAGGGAGUCAUUGGCUUCUUCAUCGGAAUAUUCUGGUUCACCUUCAUAUGGAAGCUUCACCACUUACGAGAGGAUCCCAAUCAAGCAUGUUAAUGGAGAUGAUGAAAUUAUUACGCCGGUGAGGCGCUCGAGCAGACUCAGGAAACAGCUAAUGAAAUACAGUCCAUCAACACUCACAAUUUCAUCUCAAUCGAGAUACCAAAGAAAUUUCAGCUCUUUCUGCUCGGCUUUCAGUUCUAGGCUUCGGUAUUCAAGAAUUGUGCUCCAUAAUAGGAGGUUAAGGGUCUUUUGUAAGCCUCAAGAUAGUGAAAUUCAAAGCAAUGGUGAAGAACCUCCUGAGUCAUUGUUUAUGAAAGAACUAAAGAGACGAGGUAUGUCACCUACUUCAUUGCUUGAGGAAAAGAACAGAAGCAUUGAGGGUGAUGAUAAAAUGAAAUUCAAAAAAGAUGGGAAUUUCUCACGUAGAAAUGCAGUGAGAACAGAUUCUGAAGAAAACCUAUUUAAUCAAAGAGAGCAGUCUCUGGCACUGAACAGUGAAGGCCUUGAGGGUUUGAUUCCACGGGCUAAACUUUUGCUUACCCUUGGCGGGACUUUCUUUUUGGCAUUUUGGCCAUUGAUUCUCAUAACUGUUGCAUCAUUUGCUGCUCUGUAUCUGUAUUUUGGACAAUCUUUUGUUCAUGAUGGAAAUGAAACUCCUGCCAAUUCACCUCAAUAUAUAGAUCCAUAUGCACUACUCGAAGAAGAAAGGAUAUAUCAAACAGCCCCUAGUCUAAAUUAA